GUCCUGAGAAGCAUUUGUCAUUUUGAGUGGAGAUCUCAGCAUACGAAAGCUUCUCUCAAGCAUGAACCAAGAUUGGGGUUUAGUUUUGAGUUGACAGAACAACAGAAAGAAUUUCAGGCCACUGCUCGGAAGUUCGCCAGAGAGGAGAUUAUCCCAGUCGCCGCUGAGUAUGACAGAACUGGAGAAUAUCCAUUCCCCCUAGUUAAAAGAGCCUGGGAACUUGGUUUAAUCAAUCCACACAUUCCGGAGAGUUAUGGUGGUCUUGGACUGGGAACUUUUGAUUCCUGUUUAAUUUCUGAAGAAUUGGCUUUUGGAUGUACAGGGGUUCAGACUGCUAUUGAAGCAAAUUCUUUGGGGCAAAUGCCCGUCAUUAUUGCUGGAAAUGAAGAACAAAAAAAGAAGUAUUUGGGAAGGAUGACGGAACAGCCCAUGAUGUGUGCCUACUGCGUUACAGAACCAUCAGCAGGCUCUGAUGUGGCUGGUAUAAAGACCAAGGCGGAGAAGAGAGGGGAUGAGUACAUUAUCAACGGUCAGAAGAUGUGGAUCACCAAUGGGGGCAAAGCUAACUGGUAUUUCUUGUUGGCACGUUCUAAUCCAGAUCCCAAAGUUCCUGCCAGCAAAGCCUUUACUGGGUUUAUUGUGGAAGCCGACUCCCCGGGAAUCCACAUUGGGAAAAAGGAAUUAAACAUGGGCCAGAGAUGUUCUGAUACCAGAGGAAUCACCUUUGAGGAUGUCAGAGUGCCCAAGGAAAAUGUUUUAAUUGGUGAAGGAGCCGGCUUCAAGAUUGCAAUGGGAGCUUUUGACAGAACCAGACCCACAGUAGCAGCUGGUGCUGUUGGGUUAGCCCAGAGAGCUUUGGACGAAGCUACCAAGUAUGCCCUGGAAAGGAAAACGUUCGGAAAACUGCUUGUAGAGCACCAAGGAAUUGCGUUCUUGCUUGCAGAGAUGGCAAUGAAAGUUGAGCUAGCUAGAAUGAGCUACCAGAGAGCAGCCUGGGAGGUGGACUCUGGCCGCCGCAAUACCUACUAUGCCUCAAUCGCAAAGGCAUUUGCUGGAGAUAUUGCCAAUCAGCUAGCGAGCGAUGCCGUGCAGAUUUUUGGAGGCUACGGAUUCAAUACAGAAUACCCCGUGGAAAAGCUGAUGAGGGACGCCAAGAUCUAUCAGAUUUAUGAAGGUACCGCGCAAAUUCAGAGGCUUAUAAUAGCCCGUGAACAUACUGAAAAGUAUAAAGAUUGAAAGAAAUUGCUAUAGAAGUAUAAUUAAUUACUGUGUUGCUAAAACAUAAAACAUAGUUUGUGCUUCAGCAAAGAGAAAGGGCUUCAAGAUCUAUCCAAAGGAAACAAGCAAAACUAACACAAUCUGUGCUCUUACCCUGAUAGUUUGUACCUUCGUUUAUUUCCACAAUUUCCCUUUUUUCAAAUAGAUUUGACUUUAUUGGAA